AUGGAAGAAUCAAUAUCUAAGCUAACAGAAGACAUCUCAGAGACCACCGUUGGACUGGAGGAUGGGCUCAAAAAUAUCAAUUUAUCCAACCCAUUAGAGAAGGCAAAGUCAGACAAGAGGGUUGAGUGGUCAAGUGACACUAUUGAUAAUGAACACUUGGGACAUCACUCAUCUGAAUGUUGCUGUGUUCAUGAGAAGCCAAGUGCCUUUGAUGAGAGCUCCUCAGAAAGUGAAAAUGAUGAUGACAAUUGUGAUAUACUCUGUGCUUGUGGUCAGCACAAGGGAAGAUGCUGUGUUCUUUUAAGUACUGUUGCUACUACUUCACCUUCAAAGAUCAAGAUAAUUCUGAAUCCCUUCAUGCUUAAGUCCAUCUCCCUACUAGCUCUUGAAACUCUCCCUAUUGCCUCCUUAUAA